GGCCGUUUUGUCGUGACGAUGCUCAAUCCUAGAAAUCCCAGACCACAAGUUCCAGGCUCUCAAUCGCGUACCCCAAGCCCUCGCCACAUCUUUCUGUUCCUACAGCACCGCCGCGGGACCUCCCUUUUUCCCGCCCCGGCUCGGAGCCCGCAACCUUGUCUUGGAACUUCAAGGCCCCAGCCUCGACUCUUCCGACUCUGCUCUGGUCCGUCCCCUCGGCCCGAGCCAUGGGGGCUAGAACCGCGACGGUAUCAGGGGCCACGGCCGCAUCAGGGGUCGUGCCAGCCAUGCUCGGUGACUUCUCUGUCCUGCCCGUCGUCUUCCCCGCCUCGCCCGCCUACCCCCACGCCGCUGUGCACCACGUCUACCUGAGACGCCACACUCCCAAGAUCCCAACCCCCGACGAUGAUCGGUCUCUAUUUCUGGCCAACGUCCCCGCAGACAGCACCUCGGCACACUUUCGGGCCGUGUUCGCUGCCCUCGUGGGCGCCGGCAAGUUCGAGGACAUGACGUUCCUCGACGACCAGAAGCGCAGUAAAUGCGCUUCCUUGCUGCCGUCCCAGGCGGUCCGUCUAGCCCGGGCAGCGCACAACUCCAACAAGAGGAAAAGAGGCGAGGUGGAGGACGACGACGAGGCCGCAGAGCUCCAAGCCGCUAGAACGCUGUUGGAGACAUGGCCGCGACGGCUGAGACGCAGCGGCAGCACAGCAGUGGCCAUCAUGGCUGACGAACGUAGUGUCAGCCUGGCCCUAAAGGCCAUUGCAAAGGCUCACAAAACCAAAAAGUAUCCCGUCUGGGGUGUCCAUGGCGAUUCCAAGGACGCCCCGCCACCCUUGGGCGCUCCCUGGCUGCGCGGCCACAACCAGCUUUCGUUCCCGGACCGCGAGCUGGUGGAGUCGGCCGUCAACUCCUUCUUUACCCUAUUCAACAAGCGCGAGCGCGAGGCUACUGAGCUUUCCAAGAGGCUGCGUAACGAGCCCGACGCUGAUGGCUUCAUUACGGUAACGCGCGGAGGGUCGUCGAGGACGGCCCCGGUCAGCAGGGAGGAGGCAGAGCGGACGAGGCAGCGCCUGGCCGAGAGGGAGGAGCGUCGCAAGGCGGAGCUGUCGGGCGGCUUCUACCGCUUCCAGCAGCGGGAGAAGCAAAAGGCGGAGCACGACGCGCUUGCUCGCCGCUUCGAGGACGACAGGUCCAAGCUGCAACAGCUCAGGGAGAAGCGGAAGCUCAAGCCCGAGACGUGACUUGGCACGGCAUGAAGCGUGAAAUCCACCCGCGGCGCCGUCUUCAUGGCGUCACACAACUGCUCGCAUUAGCAGUUUUGGGCAAGAAACACAGACGUAGGCCUCCGCGGCACAGCGGCGGUAGAAAUGAUUCUGUCUCUGCCUCCGAAAUCACGAGAUGUGAAACAUGCCGAUCAUCGAGUCGACCGUGGCAGGCAUACCGCGGGCUCGGUCAUGGAGUAUGCGACGGGGCGCUUGUCAAACUGCAAAAACACUUCCGAGAUGGGAUACUGCAGACGUUUCUCGGUAGAGAAGCAGUAACAUGCGAAUACCUGAUCAGGAAAUAAGCUGUUGCCAAGACGUUGUAACAGUUUGUUGAUAGUCCAACCAAACAUAUGGAUUUUCGCCCUUGUUUCUUCCUUCUUUCCUUUUAUACUACCCAUGGCCACCACCCGUUCGUCAACUCGGUGGCAGUCGUAUUCUACACCCUCAUCCUGGCUAGCGUGUGAAAAUAAAACUGCUACAAACCCCACAUGGCAGCCCCAUUUCCCAACAAAGCCGAACUCUCACGAGAUCCGACAUGGUGUAGCUCUGUGACAUGCG